AUGGACUUAGAGUUGAUUUCUGGUGCCAUAGUUAUAUUAGAAGCCGCGCUAAUAGAAGCUGAAGAUGAAGAAAUCGCCGUGGCCAUGGUAACUGGGCGCAUGGGUGCACGUUUGAUGGGGAUGUUGGAGGAAGAUGCCGACCUUCUUGAAUGUGUUCUACGAUUUUUAGAUGACGACGAUGGCGUUUACUGGGAGAAGGUGGAGGUUGACGUCGAUGGUUUCCGCAGGAUGGGCGACCCCUCCUUCAAACGGCACUUCAGGCUUUCAAAACCCACAUUUGAAGUUCUUCUUGAAACUCUAGCCAAUUUCCUUAUGGAUUCUGGUAAAGUGGUAAGAGUACGAAAUCCGAUUGAUAUACCAUUACUCAUGGUAUUAUGGAUCUUGGCCAGUCAAGAUACAUUCAGAAGUGUGGCAGUUCAGUUUGGCUACCUUCCCGGUGAAGUUUAUUACCACUAUUCUUACAUAAUUGAAGCUUUGCGAGAAAUGGGCCCUCUGUUCGUUCAGUGGCCCAAUGAACAAGAAAGAGUUGAAAUUGAAGGAAGAUUUUUGGUGUACUCUGGAAUGCCAGGCGUUGCUGGAGCAGUUGAUGGAACCUUCAAUACUGUGACUGCACCUCUCUUUGAAAAGAAUCGAUACAGGAAUAGGCAUCACCAGUUUGCUUACAAUUCAAUGGUCAUUUGUGAUGACAAUUUGUUGAUAAGAGAUAUGCAUAUAGGCGAGGUUGGGUCUAUGCAUGACAGCAGAGUUUUCCGAAGAAGUCCAUUGUAUCAGAGAUUGCUCCAUGAUGAGGAAAAUGAGCUCCUUGCCCCAGAUCAGCACAUAAUUGGUGACAAAGCCUACACACUAACUGACUUUGUCAUGACACCUUUCAGAAAUAGGGGUAAUCUAACCCCUGAGCAACGCGCAUUCAACUAUGCACUCUGCAGGUCAAGAGCACGCAUAGAGCACUGCUUUGGAAAAGCUUUCAUGCAAUGGAGGCGAAUGAAGAUGCUACAUGUGUUGAAUCACGAAAUCGCAAUAGACCACAUCACUGCCUGUUUCGUGUUGCAUAACUUCAUGAUCCUAAAUGGAGAGCAACUAAUUGAUUGGGAUGAUCCAACUCUCACAUUUGAGGAAGGUAAUGGGGAUGACGAUGAUGAUGACGAUGAAGAUGAAGAUAGAAGAGAUGAUGAAGAUGACCCUGACGUCCCCAUGAAUCAACUGUUAAGGAGAGCAAGAGCUCGUGGGCGUGAGAAAAGAAACGAGUUGGUGAAUGUAAUUUACAAUAGGUUGGAAGAAGUACCUGAAUAGCACUGUAAUCUUGUUUCAUGUUUAGUUCUGUUGUCAUGAGUGA